AUGAUCGUCAUUGCUAAAUCCUUGCGGAUCUCUGUUCCUUCUGGUGUGCCAAUCAUGGUGUUCCUUGACUUUGCCAGAGCCGCGCAGGACAAGCUUUGGAAGCCGCCCUUCGCCAAGUCUGCUGCCGCUCUACCGCAACUUGGCACCAGCCUCAAGUACGUACCUCCCACCUCUGACGCUUCUCUGCACAGGAACGGUGUCGACGAGUUCAGCCAUCAAAAUCUCACUAGAAGAAAACGUUUCCAAGGGCAGCGUCAAACUCAAUUACUCCACAUAUUGGCUAGACUGGCACGCUACGUUCGUUCCUUGUGGGCUCCUCGCAAACCACUACAUUUCGACCCUCCUCCGGACUCCCUCCGGCGAAUCCACAUUGUCAACGAUCCGCACCCGUCCCCGAUUUUUCACCAGAAUUGUCCUGUGACCGCUCGCGACUACAGCUCCCAUCGAACGGUUGACGCUACCUUUGGUGCUCAGUUUGCUUACUACGUUGCCCUGCUACGGUACCCUUCUGUCUUCCUUUCAACUCGCCCGCCCCCGUAUCCCACACACCCACGCCCCUCCAACGCUACGUCUGGUUUAAUGGACGGUGAUGUCACGGGUGGGCGACUGCACGUUUGGGAAGCCGACUGGGCAUGGCUCUACGUCGACAGCAACAGGCGCGUUGGGUCAUGGCGGCAGGGUCUGCGUCCCUCGGCUUCCGUCCGAAGUUGA